CCUUAUCUAAGAAGCUUCUUAGAACAUGUCUGAAAUUUGGGGAAAAGCGGUUAGAGUGGGUGGCAUGCAGAGGUUAAAUUACGGCGUGGUGAGAGCCAAAGGCAUAGACACAGGGCAAGGUAGCACGAAGCAGGACGGAGGAAGAGCCCUCGCACUGCCACCAUGUUCGCUGCAAGGACAGUCCUGCUGCUCACCCUGCUCCUCACUUUCUCCCUGCACCACAUCGCAGCCCGCAAAUUGCCCAGAGAAUGCUGUGACAAGUAUGCGCGGAAACGUGUCGAGCGUGCGGAGAGCUUCUACAACACCCCCAAAGGAUGCCGCCUGCCUGCAGUUGUGCUUGUGACUGCCAAGGGUGAGGAGAUCUGCGCCAACCCCAUGAAGAGCUGGGUGAAGACAGCCAUAGAAAAACUUCAAAGGAAAAAAUGAAAUCCCCCUUCUGCUGUUCAUCAUCUGACUUGCCCAUCCAGUCCUGUCUCGGGAGGAAGCUGAUGGUGCUCGUGGCACUUCUCUGAAGGGUCCCCUGGCAGGGGCCACCAUCACUACAGGUGGAGCCAGCCCCAACCACCCCAGGACCAGUGUAAUGGUAGCCACCAAGUUGUUCCACUGUCACUGCCCUGCCAAGAUGUACCCAGUGGAGGAAAUAUUUAUAAUAAAUAUAUAA